AUGAUAAUGUUGAAGGUAAUUGAUGGGAAGCCGAUGCUGAGCAAUACAGGCACACAGUUGCUGGCUGAUUUUGUAUCAGGAGCUGUACUUGGCGCUUCAAUAUCAACCGUCUUCUUUCCAUUGAAUGUUGUCAAGAAUCAUAUGCAAAGCAAGGUGGGUGUGGCAUACGAGAAUCCAUUCAUUGUUUUUUCUGAAGUGUGGCAAGAGCGAGAGAAGUCAAUACGCGGGCUUUAUCUUGGGGUUCAUCUUAAUUUCACUCGAUCGUUGCUGGCGUGGGGUAUAAUAAACACAGUUUAUGAAAUGCUCCGCCGAACUUUCAAGCCUCAUGAAGACGAUAUCAGAUAG